AUCAAGUAAUAAAAUAAAAACAAAAACAAAAAAUAAGACAAAACUAAAAAUAAGAUAUAUGGUAAAUGCUUAUAAGGACAAUCAAAAAUUUAAUAUAAAAAUGGAAAUUCAUACAUAGGGCAAAUACAAAACGGCAUGCUUCAUGGAAAUGGAAUAUUUAAAUGGAAAAACAAUAUAAAAUAUGAAGGCACUUUCUAUUAUAAUUCAAUAACAGGGGAAGGUCGAUAUGACUGGCCAGACGGUUCCUAUUAUAUAGGAGAUGUAAAAGAUGGUCUAAGAUAUGGUUAAGGGACAUUUGUAUCACCGGAUGGUGAUGCUAUAUAUAAAGGAGAAUGGGUAGAAGGUUUAAGACAUGGAUAAGGGGAAGUAAAAUUUAAGUCCGGAGCAUUAUUUUAAGGUUAGUUUGUGAAUGGAUGUAAACAUGGUUAAGGGAGAAUGUAAUAUCCUUCAGGGAACUAUUAUUAAGGGGAGUUUAAAUUCGAUAAGAAGUGCGGAUAAGGAGUUAUGAUGUGGAUUACUACAAAGGAGAAAUAUUAUGGGGAAUGGGAAAAUAAUCUUUAGAAUGGAUUCGGGGUACAUGUAUGGCUAGAAUAAAAAGGAGAAGGUAAACUAAUGAGAAAUAGAUACGAAGGAUAAUGGGUAAAUGGUUACAGAUGCGGUUAUGGUGUGUUUUAUUAUGCAAAUGGGUCAAAAUAUGAAGGGGAAUGGGUAAAUAAUUUAAAGGAAGGCUAUGCUAUUUUCACUGAGGAUAAUGGGAAUGUAAUAUAGGGAUAUUAUAAAGCGGAUAAAAUGAUAAAAAAUUAAGAAAAUAAAAGUUAGACUUAGAAUGAGAAAAUAGAAAAAUUAAUUGAAUCUCCUAGUAAGAAAAACAACUCAAAAAAAAGGGAAAUAAACAUGAAGAAACUGUUAUUAAUAAUUAAUCUUCGGGAUCCAAAAAAAAUGACAUGGAAAUGAAUCCAUAUGUGUAUUUAGUUGAUUUUCAUGAUAUUACUAAAGGGGUAGAGGAAAACCUAUUAUAAAUACACUAGAAUAUAUAAAAUAUGUUAUUAAGACAUAAUAGUGUACUUAGAAGUAUGUAUAAACAUUACUGUAAUUUAACAGAAAAUAAUAAGAUUGCUGAAGAUUCGUUUGCUAUGGAUAUGUUUAGUUUCUGGAAGUUUAUUAAGGAUGCUAGAGUGUUAGACUCUAUGGUUAGUUUGGCAUCUUUAAAUAGAAACUUUUAUUAAGGAAUUAAAAAUAAGUUUGUAUAAAAAUGUAAUUAGAAUAUGUUAUAGAAAUAAAUUGAAAUUGCAAAACAAAUAA